AUGUCUCCACUUCGCCGCGCCCCCGCCCUCAAGAAGGGUGACACUAUCGCAUUUGUGGCACCCGCUUCCGGUCUUGCGGCGUUAGUGCCACACCGACUGGCAAAAGCUCGUCAAGAAUUGGAGCGACACGGAUUUCGAGUGAGAAUCUAUCCCUCCGUCACUCGCACGGCUCAAGACAAUGCUGAGGAUCAAGACGCCGAGACACGGGCGGAUGAACUGAUGCAGGCUUUUCAGGACCCAGAGGUGGUGGCUAUUGUCUGCACUAUCGGAGGCUUCACCUCCCACGAAAUCUUGGAGUACCUGAACUUCGACGUCACUGCCGCUCACCCGAAGAUUUUCUGCGGGUUCUCGGACAUCACGACACUGCAUCUGGCACUGUACGCGAAAGCGCAGUUUUGCAGCUUCUACGGACCAAUGGCUAUUGUUCAGUUUGGAGAAUUCCCAACGCCGCUGUCGUACACGAUGGACUUCUUCUGGAAGGCGGUGCUGUCACCUUCAGAGCCGAUUGGAGAGGUGGCGCCGUCCGAGGAGUGGACCGACGACAAGACGGCCAACUGGUUGACGCGUGCUGAUGUCUCGUACCAAGAGUUGAUGAAGGAUAACCCCGGUUACGAAUGGUUGAGGCCUGGCAGGGCUACUGGGCGAAUCCUGGGUGGCUGUCUGCCCACUCUGCUUCAAGUGCGAGGCACCGAGUACAUGCCCAACUUGCAGGACACCAUUCUACUGAUAGAGACGCCCGAAGGAGCGCAGUUCGACCAGGGAAUGGCGCUCCAGGACGUCAACAUCGCGCUUGGAUGGCUACGAAUCGAUGGCACGUUCGGCAAGAUCAAAGGACUCGUUGUGGGUCGUGCGUUUGCUUAUUCAGAAGCACAGGUGGAGGAACUUCAACUGUUGAUCCGCCAUCACACCCGAGGCACAACUUUCCCCAUUCUGUACGGCGUGGACGUCGGUCAUACCAACCCAAUCGCAACCAUCCCACUGGGGUGCCAGACUUCGUUGGAUUCGUCCACUAACUCGUUCAGAAUCCUCGAGAGCGGUGUCCUGUAG